AUGAAAACCAUGACACGACAGAGAAGAUUGAGAAUAAGUGGCAUUCUUGCAUCAGUCACCUUUAUCUGUGCCUUUCACACAACUUCAGCUAUUGACAUCCCCCUGGAAGUUUUAGGUCAUGUAAAUGUUGAGCAGCUGCCUACCAUCACUGACCAGUCGCCAAGCUCCCUCAUUGCCUUCCCAUUUGAUGAAAGUUAUUCCAUGACAUGUGAAGCCAAAGGAAAUCCCGAGCCAGAAUUCAGAUGGACGAAAAAUGGCGAGGAAUUUGAUCCCUCUUUAGACCCCCGCCUGAUGAAAGAAGAGGAUUCUGGGACUUUUGUGAUACCUAAUAAUGGGAACCUUACAGAGUACCAGGGAACCUAUCUUUGUUAUGCCUCAAACAAACUAGGGACUGCCACAUCCAAGGAGAUUGAAUUUGUUGUUCCUCAUGUCCCUAAGUUUCCAAAGGAAACACUUGAUCCUGUUGUGGUUGAGGAAGGGCAGCCUUUUACUUUAAAAUGUGACCCACCCAAAGGAAUACCGCCUCUGCAGAUCUAUUGGAUGACUAUCAACCUUCAACAUAUAGAACAAGACGAGAGAGUGUCUAUGGGCUUGAAUGGAGAUCUGUACUUUUCUCAUGCGGUGGAGAAGGACAGCAGAAGAGAUUAUUGCUGCUUUGCUGCUUUCCCAAGAAUACGAACCAUUGUUCAGAAGACAGCCAUGUCAGUCAUUGUCAAGACAAAAAAAGGUCAUGGCAUGAGUCCUGAAAUUGCCAACGCUAUCCUGCAGCGGAGACCCUUGCUUAUGAUGCCCUCUGGUGUCAAAACAGAGAAACAUCUUGUCAGAGGAGAGGAUUUAAGACUGGAAUGCAUUCCUGAGGGCUUUCCAACCCCACAGGUUGAAUGGGUCAAAAUGGGUCAUAAGCUUCCAGUUAAAGCCAAAGUGGAAAGUCAUGGAAAAUUGCUAAUUGUACCAAGUGUUGAGCAAGAAGACAGCGGAAAGUAUAUGUGCAAGGCUAAGAACAGACUUGGAGAAGUAGUCCACUACUUCACAAUAAACAUUGAAGAGCCUCCAGAGUGGGUGCUGGAGCCUGAGAGUCAGCUUAGUAUGAUUGGCUCCAAUGUGCUCAUCAAGUGCUCAGCGACAGGGACUCCCCAGCCAACUAUAACUUGGAGAGUGAAUGGUCUGCCUUUGCAUGAAGCCCCAGCAACAAACAGGAGAGUGUUUGAUGACACCAUCAUUUUGCACAAUGCCCAAGCAUCAGACAGUGCAGUCUAUCAGUGCCAAGCAUCCAACAGACAUGGUACCCUACUUGCUAAUGCAAACAUCAUGGUUAUGAAUCUCUCUCCAAUGAUUCUUACAAAGGAAGGGGAGGAUUACUCUGCUGUGGAAGGAAGAGGAGUGACGAUGCACUGCAACGUCUUCAGCUCUCCACCAUCUACUAUCACUUGGAACAAAGAUGAUUCCUCUCAAUCUUUGGUGGGUCCAAGAUAUACUGUCCAUGACAAUGGAUCAUUGGAGAUCUACACUACAGAAAAAGAAGAUACAGGACAAUAUACAUGUUAUGCCAAAAAUACAGAGGGAUCAUCUGCCAUUGAAGCUUCACUUUAUGUAAAAGAUCCUACAAGAAUAACAGUUGCCCCAGAAGACCAGCAGAUCCUAAUAGGCACCACAGCCCAGCUCUCAUGCCUGGCAGAAUACGACAAGUCCUUCAGCAACGACUUUGAGCUCCUGUGGGAAAAAGACGAUAUGGACAUAGGUUACAAUUAUACAGAGAAUUCAAGAUACUUUGUGGAGGAUGGUAUCCUUCAAAUAUUCAAUGUAAGCCACAGGGAUCAGGGUGUGUACACAUGUGUGGGUAGAACUCCAGUGGAUCAGGACAGUGCCUCUGCAUUGCUCAUGGUUUUAGAUGUCCCUGAUGCACCUCAGCACUUGGUACUGUCAGAACACAAGACUAAAAGUGUGAAACUGAAAUGGACCCCAGGGAAUGAUCACAACAGCUCUACCACAGAGUUUAUUAUUCAAUACGAGGAGAGCCAGUGGGAGCCUGGAAAUUGGAAGGAGCUGCUCAGGGUACCUGGGAAUCACAUUUCGUCCAUCCUCAAACUCCACGGUCAUGUCGACUAUCGUUUCCGUGUGGCUGCUGUUAACAGUGUUGGGAGGGGUCCUCCCAGUGAGCCCACAGAGAGAUACAAAACCCCUCCAACAGCUCCUGACAAGAACCCGGAAAAUAUCAAAAUUGAAGGUACUUUGCCACAUGAAAUGGACAUCAACUGGGAGCCACUGUUGCCAAUUGAACACAAUGCGCCAGGUCUUGAGUACAAAGUAAGCUACAGACGUCAGGACUUGGAGGAGGACUGGAAGGAACAAAUCGUGAAGAGACACUCAUUUGUGGUAAAGAAAACACCCACAUUUGUGCCCUAUGAGAUUAAGAUCCAAGCAAAGAACAACCAGGGUUGGGGCCCAGAGCCAAAGGUUGUGACUGGAUACUCUGGUGAAGAUUUUCCGUCAGCUGCACCUGAGGAUGUAGCUGUGGUGGUGAUGAACAGCUCAGUGGUCAAGGUCAGCUGGACUCGUGUAAACAAGGACAAGUUGCAUGGACAUCUGGGAGGCUACAGGAUAAACUGGUGGCGUCUCCGAAGUCUGGUGGAUUUGAAGAAAAGCCAUGGAGAAAAACACACACUAACAUUACCGGGUGACCGCAACCAUGCCGUCAUACCAAGACUACAACCCUUUUCCGAGUACAGUCUCAUCGUCAUGACCUUUAAUGGUCGCGGCAAUGGUCCUGGCAGCCAUCCUGUUAAUUUCAAAACCCCAGAGGGAGUCCCGGAAAAAAAUCCUGUUUUCAGGAUCACAGAUACACAGAGGCAUGCUGUCUCUCUGGCUUGGGCCCCACCUUCAGAGCCAAAUGGGAUUCUGACAGGAUAUCUUUUAGAGUAUCAGCUAAUUAACAACACAGAGGAAGUCGGACAACUGCAGUCUAUUGACAUCAGCAAACCCGACACGACCAAAUGGACUCUGCGGGACUUGGAGCCUUUAAGCAAAUACAAGUUCCACUUGCGUUCUUGCACCACAGUAGGCUGUGGACCCAUUAUCAGUGAAGAAAGCACAACCACCCUUGAAGCAAGUCUUGCAAGCAUCCACGGAGGAAUAUCUAACCAGGGCUGGUUCAUUGGCCUCCUGUGUGCCAUUGCUCUACUCACACUCAUUGUGUUGAUUGCAUGUUUUGUCAACAGAAAUAAAGGAGGAAAGUAUUCAGUAAAAGAAAAAGAGGACCUUCAUCCUGACGUGGAGUCCCAGGGAAUGAAUGACGACACAUUUUGUGAAUACAGCGACAAUGAUGAGAAGCCACUAAAAGGCAGUCAGUGCUCUCUGAGCAGAGAGAUCAAAGCAGGGGACAGCGGCGACAGCCUGGUAGACUAUACUGAAGAAGAUACUCACUUCAACGAAGAUGGCUCCUUCAUAGGCGAAUAUGCAGGCCGUAAGGAGAAGAAAGUUUCAUCUGAGAUCAAAGCCACUGCUCAGAGCCCGGCAUGA